AUGACCAUCCAGCAGCCUGAACCUUCCGAUCGACAGUCUUGCAGUGGAAUCAUUCCGGCCCAUGGAGAUUUCUCGUCAGAAAGAGGUGCGGCGUACCCAAUGGAGGAGGAGACUCUGAAGGCCGUCGUCUGCUACGGUGGUAACACAGGGUCAAGUAUCCACAUUCGACAACCCUUUUUGGAAAGACCAGCUGGACACAACAGUGCUUCGACCUUCAGAGGAGAGAAGGAUGGGGCCAACUUCGUCGACAAGAGUCUCCGCACUCCACAAGAGUGUCCUAUAGUGGAGACUCUCUUAUAUAAGAUUGGCUACCCCUUUUCGCAAAUCUGA